CUGAACUGGGUCCGUAAGAGUCGCUUACUGCAGACGCUGAGGGAGUUGGUGAGUGUGCGCCUCGCCAAGUUCGGGCUGGUGGUGCUUGGGAUAGCCGUGAUCGCGGCCGUGUUUUCGCCGCUUCUGUCGGUGCAUGACCCUAUCAAGAUAAACCCGCGCGACAGCCUGCAAUCGCCUGGCUCCAAAUACUGGCUCGGGGCGGACAGGCUUGGGCGCGACCAGUUGGCACGGCUCAUCUACGGCGCGCGCGUCUCGCUGAUCAUCGGCGGCGCGGGAGUUGGUAUAGCGGUCGUGGCGGGCAUCACCAUCGGGACGAUUUCCGGCUGGGCAGGUAGGUGGACGGAUGAGGUGCUGAUGCGGAUUAUGGACGCGCUCGCCGCAUUUCCAAACAUAAUAUUCGCGCUCGUGCUGGUUGCCGUCACGGGCGGCGCAAUGCGCAACAUCAUCCUGGUGAUCGGGCUUGUGUUCACGCCUGCGGUCGCGCGCCUCAUACGGGCGCAGGUGCUGUCCGUGAAGGAGCGCGACUAUGUGAUAGCCGCCGUCGCGCUGGGUGCAAGUCCGGCUCGCAUCAUAUCCUCGCACCUGAUACCGAACAGCCUCGCGCCCGUGAUAGUGCAGGCUUCGAUAGCGUUCGGCGCGGCGAUACUGCUUGAAGCGUCGCUGAGCUUCCUCGGCGUUGGCGUGAAGCCGCCCACACCCACAUGGGGCGGUAUGCUGCGUCAUGCCUUCGAGGUGGUUGAUCUAGCGCCUUGGCUCACAUUUACGCCGGGCGCAACUAUAUUCCUGGUGGUGUUAGCCUUCAACUUCGUGGGCGACGCGCUGCGCGACACGCUCGAUCCGCGUCUCAGGGGUGCGAGGUAA